AUGCCACCUCUUAACCCCCACUCUCUCCCCUCUCUCACCCUAAUCGUGGCAACAACUCCAAUCCGCACCGCGUCGCCAACCACAAAAGACGAAAUCACACGCCUAGGCAUCGGCCUAAACGGCACACUCCCAUGGCCACGCAUAAAAACAGAUAUGUCAUUCUUCGCGCGUGUGACAUCCCGCCCCCCAAGCCCAGGCAAGACCAACGCGAUAAUCAUGGGCCGAAAGACCUACGACUCCGUGCCGGCUUCUCUACGUCCUCUGGCAAAACGAAUUAACGUCGUGAUCACACGCGACACAACCGGCUCUGUCCGCGAGAGCGUAAAUGCCGAAUUAGCGAAAAUGAAGAAAAAGAUCGCGGCCAAAGCCGCCGAGGCUCAAGUUCAGGCUCAGACUACGAGUGCAGAGAAAGAGACAUUUAACCCGCCCCAGGAGACUGUUCCGGGCCCGAUGACGGACGCGAUUGUUACGCCGAGUUUGGGCGCGGCGUUGGAGCAGUUGGACUCUGUUUAUGGGACGACGCUUGGGAAAGUUUUUGUUAUUGGUGGGGCGGAGAUUUAUAAUGCUACGUUGAAGAUGGGUGCUGAGGAGCUCGGGGGUCGGGCUGUUAGGGUUGUUAUGACGAAUGUUGUGCGGAAGGGGGCUGUUGAUGCGCCUGCUUCGUUUGAGUGUGAUACGUUCUUCCCGUUGGAUGGGCUUCAUGAGGGGAAUGGGUGGCGGGCUGUUAGCUCUGAAGAGGUUUCUGAGUGGGUUGGGGAGGAAGUUGAUGGGGAGUGGAAGGGGGAUGGAGAUGUUGAGGUUCAGAUGGUUGGAUUUGAGAAAUUGACUUAG